AUGAAUCCGAAGGCUUUCAUGAAUCUGUUUGCGCGGCGAUUAAAAAAGGGGGAUGGAUCGCUAAUCCGCGACCCAGGAUGCACGGGUAAUCCUCGAGGGCAGCCUUCUGCUCCGCGAAUAAAUAGAUCGGUGGCCGGUGGACAGGGCACAGUCGUUCUACGAACUCAAACAGUGACACACAUUCCAGUAUUAUAUUGCCAUGGACACGACACCAGUCUUCCAGUCCAGCUUCUCCAUUCGAUCGCUGCUCUCCGUGGGCAAAAAGGAGGACUCACCCACUUCUAAGCAUAACUCCGGAAACAGCUCCAGCUCCAGCUCCAAUUCCAGCACGGAUUCGUUGACCGCAAAGAGCAAUGCGAAGCCGGCUUUCACCUACAGCGCCCUCAUUGUGAUGGCCAUCUGGAGCAGUUCCGAGAAGCGUCUGACCCUGAGCGGUAUCUGUAAGUGGAUCGCGGAAAACUUUCCGUAUUAUCGCACCCGCAAGAGCGUCUGGCAGAACUCCAUCCGGCACAACCUGAGUCUCAAUCCGUUCUUCGUGCGGGUGCCGCGAGCCCUCGAUGAUCCUGGACGUGGCCACUACUGGGCACUCGAUCCGUAUGCCGAGGAUCUGUCCAUCGGCGAGACAACGGGACGCCUGCGCCGCAGCAAUUGGCCUCAGAAUCCGGUGACCAGGCCCAAGGUCACAGGCCAUCCCUACCAGCGAGUGUCGCCACAUUAUGGGUAUGGUAACGGUCCAUAUAUCAAGACUCACAGCGCCUACUUCCCCAUAGUGGACCACCAGCACCAUGCCGCCAUGGUGCAGCACUACCAGACCAUGAUGCACAGAUACCAGAUGAUGCCACAUCCUCACCAUCACCAGCAACCGCAUCAACAUCCUCAUCAGCAUCCUCAUCCGCAUCCUCAUCCGCAUCCUCAUCCGCAUCCUCAUCCCCAUCUCAUCCAACAAUCGAAGACAUUUCAUCCGCAGGAGCCAUUGUAUCAUCAUGCAUAUCACCUCCACCAAGAGUGA